AUGAACUUCUCCGGAGUCGAGCUCGAUAAGGUUAUCUUUGUAAUGGGGUCGACUGCUACAGGAAAGACCAGGCUCUCUGUCGCCCUUGCUACUCAAUUUUCGGCCGAGAUUAUCAAUUCUGACAAAAUCCAAGUUUACAAGGGGCUGGAUAUCAUAACCAACAAAGUCUCUUCCCAUGAAACUCGCGGUGUACCUCACCAUUUGUUAGGGUUUCUGGACCCUGAUGAAGAUUUCACAGCUCAAGAAUUUUGUCGACAUACCAUGAUGACCAUUCAUCGUAUUAUAGAAAAGGGUCGUAUCCCGAUCAUCGUAGGUGGUUCGAACAACUAUAUCAGAGCUCUCGUAGAAGAUCCAACUAUACAGUUUAGGAAAAACUUUGAUUGCUGUUUUCUUUGGAUGGAUGUAUCAUUACCUGUUUUGCACAGGUACGUAGGCAAACGGGUUGAUAACAUGGUUGAAUUGGGGUUAGUGGAUGAAGUCAGAGAAAUGUUUGAUCCUGAGGCAGACUAUACGCGGGGAAUCCGACGAGCUAUUGGGGCUCCGGAGAUGCACAAGUACCUGGAAAUUGAAGGUCAUGACAUGGUUGAUGAAGCCACUAAAAAGAUAUUACUCAAUGCUGCUAUUGAAGAGAUCAAAGAUAACACCUGUAAAUUGGUGAACUGUCAGCUUGAGAAGAUUCGAAGACUUAGAGAUGAGCUCGGGUGGGAGAUUCACCGGAUUGAUGCGACUCCUGUAUUUGAAAACAAUGGGAAGAAAGAAGCAGAAGAAGCUUGGGAGAAUGCAGUGAUGAAACCUAGCUUGAAGAUAGUUGGAAAUUUUUUGAAAGAGAAGAAGAAGAGUCAUCAUGUUGAGUCUUCUACCUACUACUUUCAAGUCUUAUUGUCGAGUUCGUCAGGGAAUUUCAAUGGCGAAUUAGAAGGACAAUGA